GAUGGUGCACAUUGUAGACGUUUCUUGCCUGGUGGCGCAAUUUGCAGUCAUUUUGCUGUGGUGGGCCACCCUCACCAUCGAAGACUCCACAGGAUCUAUCUAUGGCUUGCAGUAUGCCGUUGUCGUGUGCUGUUGGAGCAUCUUCACGGGGGCAGUCCUCGUGAGCAUAGCUUUUGACAUCCCAUACCUCGUCGAGAACCUCGGCGAUCUGAAGGUCAGGACGGCCUCUUCCUCGCUGGACUCCGUGGGGCACGUGAACAGCUCCUUCAAGCAGGUGGCCCGCAUCCUGCUGAACCUCGCCCUGUCGAUCACCAGCUGGAAC